CACGUCCACGUAUUUUUGAGAACAACCCUGAAGUUGAACACAAGGUGGCAGCAGCGGUCAGUCCGGCAUCAACCGCCACCAGCGGACGGCAAAGAAGGAGGUGUUAGCCUAGCUAGGCUAGGCUAGGCUAGGUUAUGUUAGGCUAGGCUAGGCUAGGCUAACCGUGUCCAUCCCGCCGUGGUUCCCGUGGAGGGGAGGACUGAGCCCGGCUGCUGGCUUUGGGGCAGACGGCUCACCCACUUUUCUCACACAUACGAGACAUGAAGUCGGCGCCGAGCUGAUAAACAGGCUGGCCAUGGUUUUGUUCUGACGUCGUCCUGCUUCCACCGAGUCACUGGAAUAGACUAGGGUGUAGUCUAGAUUUGGGAACAUCUAAGAAUAAUAACAGCUUCACCCUCAGAAGUCACUAACAGAGCCAGAACCGAGAGAGAAAGAGGGUGAGAGACACUGGGUUUGACAGGCGAACAGAGGAAGAGGAUCUUAACUAGGCUAAAAUGUUGCGGGGGCUCGACGCUAGAAACCCACAUGGUUCCCAUGACAGGAACACACAUGAGCUAUAUUUCCUGAGGAUGCAGCGAGCAGAAGAGAAGAUGGAGCGCUUGGAGAACAGGAUGAAGCGGAGGCUGCGCGUUUGCGUGGCCACCUGCAACCGAGCGGAUUACUCCAAACUUGCCCCCAUCAUGUUCGGCCUGAAGGCCCAGCCAGAGCUGUUUGAGCUGGAGGUGGUGGUGCUCGGCUCCCACCUCAUUGACGACUACGGGAACACCUUCCGUAUGAUCGAGCAGGACGAGUUCGACAUCGGCUCCAAACUGCACACCAUCGUCCGCGGCGAGGACGAGGCCGCCAUGGUGGAGUCUGUCGGCCUGGCGCUAGUCAAACUCCCAGAUGUCCUGCAGCGCCUGGCGCCGGACGUCCUGGUUGUCCACGGUGACCGUUUCGACGCACUGGCCCUAGCCACUGCAGCGGCGCUCAUGAACAUCCGCAUCCUGCACUUGGAGGGCGGAGAGGUGAGCGGCACCAUCGAUGACUCCAUCCGCCACGCCAUCUCCAAACUGGCCCACUACCACGCCGUCUGCACGCGCUCUGCUGAGAGCCACCUCAUCGCCAUGUGCGAAGACCACAGCCGCAUCCUAUUGGCCGGCUGCCCAUCCUACGACAAGCUGCUCUCUGCCCACCAGAGGGACGACUACACUGAUAUCAUCAAAACCUGGCUCGGCGAUGACGUGAAGGAACAGGACUACAUUGUGGCACUGCAGCAUCCCGUGACGACUGACAUCAAGAACUCUAUAAAAAUCUAUGAGCUGAUGCUGGACGCUCUCAUCUCCUUCAAGAAAAGAACGCUCAUCCUCUUCCCCAACAUAGACGCCGGCAGUAAAGAAAUGGUGCGCGUGAUGAGGAAAAAGGGCAUCGAGCAGCACCCGAAUUUCCGUGCGGUGAAGCACGUGCCGUUUGAUCAGUUUUUCCAGCUGGUGGCCCACGCUGGCUGCAUGGUGGGCAACAGCAGCUGUGGGGUCCGUGAGGCCGGAGCCUUUGGAACUCCUGUCAUCAACCUUGGAACGCGACAGACUGGCCGAGAGACGGGAGAGAAUGUGCUUCAUGUGCGAGACGCCGACACUCAGAAUAAAAUCUACCAUGCCCUGGAGCUGCAGUUUGGCAAGCGCUAUCCCUGCUCUAAGAUCUACGGGGACGGUAAUGCGGUUCCUCGUAUCCUGAAGUUCCUGCAGUCCAUCGAUUUGUCGGAGCCGCUGCAGAAGAAGUUCUGCUUCCCGGCCGUGCGAGAAAACAUCUCUCAGGACAUCGACCACAUCCUGGAAACUCAGAGCGCGCUGGCCGUGGACCUGGGUGGAACCAACCUGCGCGUGGCCAUCAUUAGCAUGAAGGGUAAAGUAAUGAGGAAGUACACGCAGCCAAACCCAAAGACGUAUGAAGAGCGGAUCGAGCUCAUACUGACCAUGUGCAAACAGGCCAUCGCCGACGCCGUUCAUCUCAACUGCAGGAUCCUGGGAGUCGGAGUGAGUACAGGUGGUAGGGUGAAUCCUCAGGAGGGGAUAGUAUUAGACAGCACUAAGCUGAUAAAGGAGUGGAGUUCUGUAGACCUGCGCGCUCCGGUCUCUCGUGCCCUGCACCUGCCCGUCUGGGUCGACAACGAUGGAAACUGCGCCGCGCUCGCUGAGAAGAAGUUCGGCCACGGGAGCGGCGUGGAAAACUUCGUCACUAUCAUCACGGGCACGGGGAUCGGAGGCGGAAUAAUCCAGCACGGAGAGCUGAUCCACGGCAGUACGUUCUGUGCCGCGGAGCUGGGACACAUCAUGGUGUCUCUGGAGGGACCGGAGUGUUCAUGUGGCAGCCAUGGCUGUAUAGAGGCCUUUUCUUCUGGACUAGCGCUGCAGAGAGAGGCCAAGAGGCUGCACGACGAGGACCUUCUGCUGCUGGAUGGGAUGAGUGUUAAUAAUAAGGAGCAGGUGAACGCCGUGCAUCUCAUCAACGCUGCGCGACUCGGCAACCGCAAAGCAGAAGGAGUCCUCCAUACAGCUGGCACGGCUCUCGGAGUUGGUAUUGUGAAUAUCCUCCACACGGUGAAUCCAUCUCUGGUCAUCCUGUCCGGCGUUCUCGCUCAGCACUACGUGACUCCAGUCCAGCAGGUCAUCAGCCAGCGCGCUCUCUCCUCCACCAGGGACAUCAAGGUUGUGACUUCUGACCUUGAGGAGCCGGCCCUGCUGGGGGCCGCCAGCAUGGUGCUGGACUACGCCACCCGCCGCACGUACUGAUCCACGCAGCCAAUCAGACAGCUCACUCUGAAACAUGCAGCCAGUCAGGCCGCUCACACUCGGACUUGGAGCCAUGUGGCUGACAGAGGGCCAAUCAAACACUUGGUUUUACUUCUUGAACCCGAAGUAUUUUCUGGAGCAUGUUUGCAUGUUCCCCGUUUUUUUUUUUUUUUUCCUCUUUCUUUAAAUCUCCCCUUUAUAAUCAGCCCUUAUGUGCUUUUAGUAUUUGGGAUCAAGAUUUCUGAGAAAGACAGUCUUAUAUUUAUUCGGUUUAAAGGAAGUUGUUCUGCCAAAACUGCUACCGUGGCUGCCAGCCAGUAAUGAUGACACAUGAUCAGCACAUAAUUGCUGUUGUGACGUAGCUUCUACCUCCAAAAUGGCAACUUUAUAGAAGGAAAAUAUCUUUGGUCAUGAAGGUGUUGACGCAAAGUAAAGGGCAGCUGGAGUUUUUCAAUACUUUAACAGAGCCGUACUGGAUUUGAACUGAGGCAAGACUGGUAUGGCCAACGUGUGGUAUUACAUGUAUAAUCGCUGUUGGAACAAAACUGUAUCUCCUUUCUCGUAUGUAUUGAUCUUUUAACCAUUUCUUGAUCACUGUGCAGGUACCGGCACGCUUCUUUCAGAGCGUUCACUUUCAUUUUUUUAUACGUAACAAUCAUCUCAAUUUCAACACAAGCACCAAAUGAGCAACGGCUAGCAAAUCUGUGGAUCAUCACUGUCAAAGCCACGGAGACGUCUUCAUCCAAACCAUGUGGCCUUGAUGACACUGCAAGAGUCAGAGAUCAGUUUAGAGAUCGAUGCGUCAGGCCAAAAUAAACUCCUCUGUUACUCAA